UAUUCCAUAUCUAAAUUUACAUAUCUAAAAUUACGUUUCAAAAGUUGUUAGUAGUCUGUUAGCAAGUUUUCUUAAACUAUGUUAGUAAUAUUAGUUAGUAAGUUCUUAUUAAAUAUAGACCCCUGAAAGGGUAAAGGCCUCCUCCAUCUUCUUCCACAACUCCCUGUCUUUGCCAGAUUUCAUCCAUUCGUUUCCGGCUAUCUGAAUGAUAUCAUCAGCCCACCGUCGGAUUGGUCUUCCUACAUUUCUUUUUCCUAAUGGACCUUUCCAUCGUGUUGCUUUACUUAUUUGCUGCAGUGUAUUUCCUGAAACAUUAUUAUAUCAUUGGUUAUUAUAUUAUCAAUUAAAUAUAAACUAGAGCGUUCGAUACAUACGUACCCGAGUGAUGCUUCACAGGUCAAUAUUAUAUCUUUAUCUACUAGAGCAAUACGCACGUUUUUGUGAUAUGUUUUCAAUAGUGUACGUUGUAUUCUCCUGUUUUUGUGCUGUUACUUUAUGUGAAAGUGAUGAAUCGCGACUGGUUCAGUUGGAGCAAGGUCUGGUGCGAGGGUACAAGGACCCCGAGCUAGGAAUAUACAGCUUUUACGGUAUCCCAUAUGCUAAAGCACCGACAGGGACAGAUAGGUUUAAGGCACCUCUACCUGCUCCGGUAUGGUCAGGCACUUUUGAAGCUGUCGACAAUGAAACAGUGUGUCCACAAAGAAAUUUGAUGAACGUACUUCCGCCUUCCUAUAUAGCUAAAGCGGACUGCCUUAUAGCGAACAUCUACGUGCCUGAUACGAACACCACAAACCUUCCAGUACUUAUAAUUAUUCACGGCGGCGCCUACAUAACAGGAUUUGGGAAUAUGUUUACACCGAAGAAAAUUACCGAUACCAAAAAGGUUAUAUCAGUUACUUUUAAUUAUAGACUUGGGCCUUAUGGAUUUCUAUGUUUAGGCACAAAAGAUGCUCCUGGAAAUGCUGGUAUGAAAGACCAAGCUGCAUUGAUACGCUGGGUUAACAAAAAUAUUAUUAAUUUCGGGGGCGAUCCUGACAAUAUUAUCGUAUCGGGCUUUAGUUCUGGUGCAUCUUCAGCAGACUUUUUGAUAUUAUCUAAAAUGACAAGAGGAUAUGUUAAAAAACUUGUACCGGAGAGUGGUAGUGGUAUUUCUCCAUAUAAUAUACAAUUUGAUCCCGUAGAAAAUGCAAAACAGUACGCCAAAUUACUAGGCUUUGAUAAUGUGGAUGAUAUUGAGGCUUUAGAAAACUUCUAUAAAACUAUUCCUUACGAUUUACUAAAUUCGGCAAACGUUAUAGCUAUACCAAAUUCCGAAGCUCUUAUGGCACCGUGUAUAGAACGAGAUGUGGGAGAGGAAAGAUUUCUUGAUGAUAGUCCAACCAAUAUAUUAAAAAGGGGCGAUUUCGAAAAGGUUCCUACUUUGUAUGGGUUUAUCGAUUUGGAUGGAUUGAUUCGAUUCCGUGAGUUUGACAAUUGGAAGAAUAAAAUGAAUAAUAAAUUUUCCGAGUUUUUGCCAGUUGAUUUGAAAUUUGAAAAUGAAAUCGAAAAAGAAAAUGUGGCAGAACGAGUAAGACACUUCUACUUCGGGGACAAGCCUGUGGGUGUAGAGACUGUGUUAGGCUUUGUUUACUAUUUAACUGAUGUUUUAUUCGCAUGGCCAAUUUUGAGAUCGGUUAAAUAUCAAGUUGCAUCUGGACAUGACCAGAUUUACUUGUAUGAGUAUUUAUAUUUUGAAGAUAGUACACCUUUCAUUCAAGGCACCAAUGUGAGAGGUGCAAACCAUUGCGCUCAGACAUUUGCAAUUUUAGAUGGAUACUGGAAUGACACAGUUGUUUAUGAGAAAGAUGUAUCAGAAGAUAUAAAACAACGAAAAGUUUUCAUGAAAAGUAUAUGGUUAAAUUUCAUGUUAACUGGGAAACCAAUACCCGACGAGGGGUCAGACCUGCCGGCAUGGCCACCAGUAGGCUUGGAUUUGACCCCCGCUAUGUCCAUCAAUAGAACUUUAGAAUUAAAAGGACCUCUAAUAAAAGAACGCCGCGAGCUGUGGGAAAAUAUUUACGAAAAACAUUUCCGUCAACCCAUACCGCCGACCUUGCCACCCAAAUACAGGCACCUUAUUGGCGAAAACAAUGAAUUACAUAUUUCAAGCUAAGUUGAGGGAUUAAUAAAAAUACACUAACUUAUCAGUUUUACAAGUUUU